UCUCUCCUCGCCACCUGCUCCGGUAGCUGUCACCAUCUACAUGCUACCGAUCGUUUCUCAAACAUCUACAUCCAGAAGCUGUUCGUGCUCUCUGCGAGGGCAUGGCUCGUGCUGAGAGGGAAGCGCUUGCAAGAUUGAGGAUUGAUACGGCAUUCCCUCGCCGUCAAAAAUCAGGGUAUGCUCACAAGUCUGGGACAACAGUGAAUGAGGAUGGAGUCGAAGACUUUAGCGAAAUCGGCUUGGACCGUUCGGGGCGCAACGGUCAUGGUGCUGAUGAUGAGAGUGAAGUACUGAAUGAGCUGCAUACCGAGACGUCUCCAAUCUCUGUCCCGCGGGCCGGUGAUCAUCCUUCAAGCGUCCAUGGAGACAUAAGUUACUCCCAUAAGCCGGGGGAUGUCCGUCCCUCGCCAAUCGAAACCUUCCUGCAAACCCGACGACCUUCCAUCAGCUUUGAUCCGCAUGUGAGACUCGAAUCGGGUGAUCAUCAUGUGUUGCAGGAACCAAUGGUUAAGCGCAAUGAGGAAGGCAGGUCAACAUCCAAGGCCCAGAUGCGACCGUCUGGCCUGCGGACAGCGCAAUAUCAGCAAGAUACACCUUCCAUGAACGACAAGGAAGCGAGUCCGCAUUUCAGCCCCAGAAGGCGGGAAAGACAGCGUCUUUUCCCUACCGGCAGUUCUCGUGUGAGUUCUCUGCAAAGUCCUGUCGAAGACAACUUGGUCGGCUGCGAGCUGGAUCGCCCUACGUCCCUCACUUCGAUUUCCACCGCUUCCCCGCUCACGGAGGAGCUGCGGACUCCACCAGAAGGGCCUCGUGAUAUGCUUCUGUCGCCCUUUGCUGUCGCAUCACCUGUGCAGCGGUCCACUUCGCUAGAUGAUCCUAGCCUAUGGGCAGAUAGCCUUCCGACGCCAUUUAGCAACAAGCCAAGAAGUUACACAUACGACCGCAAUGGCAGCCUACGACAGUCGAUGCGUCACUCUCGUCGCUCCACUGCCUCCAGCGGCAAGUCUCCGGCCAGCACAUUUCUUUCGAUGUGGAGCAGUCGUGAAGAACCAGCUCCUCAGCCAGAUGAUGAAGGCCAAAUGGUCGGCACCGAGUACGUGCUUGGCAAGCAGAUAGGAUUCGGAGGUUUCAGUGUUGUUAAGGAGGCUUACAAGGUAGAGGAAAGUGGCGAGACUAGGCGGCUCGCUGUCAAAAUUGUCCGAAAACAAGUGACUGGCAAGAGUGAGCGUGAGAAUGACCAGGUCCAAGCAGAAUUUGACCAUGAGGUCCGCAUCUGGCGUUACCUCAACCAUCCCAAUGUCUUGACACUUGAUGCCGUGUACGAGACCGACUAUGCCACCUUUUGUUUCACCAAGUUAGCUAUCGGCGGGACUCUAUUUGAUGCGGUUCGUUCGAAUCGCCAAGGUCUUGACAUGAAGCUCGCACAGAAGUAUUGCUAUCAACUGGCGUCUGCUAUUCGAUAUCUGCACGAGGAUGCCCGCAUUGUGCACAGAGAUAUAAAGCUGGAAAACUGUCUUUUAGAUCCAGUUGUGUUGCCAGAUGGAACUAAAACUUCCAAUCUGGUGCUGUGCGAUUUCGGGAUGGCGGAGUGGAUGAGCACUGAUAACGGUGGCAGCUCCCCCGACCCAUAUGACAACGCUGCUGACCGUCCGCCCCCCAAGACCAUUGGUCCGUCUGACACGAGUACGAGCAUAGCAGGAAGCCUGGAAUAUGCUUCUCCUGAACUUCUUUCGUCGACUGGAGGUCUCAUCGACCCUGCCGUCGACGUAUGGGCGUUUGGUGUUGUUGCCUACUCUGUUGUUGUGGGAUCCAGGCCGUUCCAAGACCCUUUCUCGCCACGGGUCACCUCGAACAUCCUCAACGGGAACUGGAACCGAGAUGCUGUGCUGGCACGCGAAGCUCGCGGGCAGGGUUCUCGGGAUUGUCGAGAUGCCCUGGAGGUAAUCAACGGAUGCCUUGAAAUGGACCUUCGGAAGCGAUGGAACAUCAGAGAUGUUCUCGAUUCUAUGUGGUUGCGAGGUUGUUCCGACAGCGCCGGUAGCGUGGACGAAACGGUAUGGAAGCUUUAAGAGUAAACUGCCACC